UUGAUGAACUGAUUACGUCUUUAUUUUUGUGUGUUUUCAACUAACGUUGAGUCAGAGUUGAGUGAUGUUUGUUCAGCAUUUGUUGCUUUCAACUUGCCAUGGUCUUGCAACCAUGGCAAUGCUCUUCUAGCAAUCCUCUUGAUUUGGCUGUUUGAUUGUCUUCUCUAGUGAAAGUCAAGGCUUUGCAACAACACUGCCACUGCUACUGAACUGAUGAGACUUCAUCAAAGAGUACUUCUUCUGAGUCAGUGACAGUGUUAGUGAGGGUGGCUAAUAAUAGCAGUAGAUCUACUGUAUUAAUGAACUAGCGUUUUUGUAGUCUGCUGGGAGUAAUUGUGGGCAACGGAUCCACAAAAGUACGGUGGUACUCAGUUUUUGUUUGUUGUUGUGACCAUUGUGAAACUCUCAGUAUGUCGUGCCAGCUGUCUGCGAUUUCAAAAUUCCAUGACAUUUCUACAGUGAGAAAUUUUUUCUUCCCUUCACCUUCCAAGGAAAGUACCCCAAACAGAGAUGAGGGUGGUGAAGAUUCAGUUUCAACAUCUAUGAACGAAGACUGGAAUGCAGCUUGGGGUUUUGAUGAUGAAAAAGUUAUGGUCCAAGAGGCUGAGGUUGGAGAUGGCAGUUGUGAACAUGAUCACAACAAAUGGCUCCAGAGCUGCCUUGUUUCCUUGUCCCCGACCAAUGACGUUUUGGCUAUUGCUCACGGCAGUAAAAUUUGCAUUAUGACGCAAAAAUGGGAUGCAAAAAAUAAAGGGGAGGAAAUUGACACUCGCUUGAUGCCAGUCUGGGAAACGAACCUUGGACUGGAUGAAAAGGAGACGAUAACAGCAGUUUUGUGCUUGCCUUUGGCCUCACAAAAAAGGAGUACACAAGGUGGACCGGAUUGGACGUGCAUCAUAGUUGGUUUCUCUUCGGGAUACGUCAGAAUGUAUUCUCAAACUGGAGUCUUGCUUUUGUCUCAGCUUCUCCAUUUGGAAAAAGUGGAGAGGCUAAAGUGCCGGACGUAUGCACCUCCUCGAUUCCUUGGCAUGGCGGAAACGCAUGACGAGCUGCUCAUUAUGUAUACCAAAGCCAUUGUGUCUAUUGAUGGCUUUAGCCUGAUCCAGACGCUUCGAGCUUGUCGCAAUCAAGUUGCCAGAGCGACUGCCAGUGGCACAGAGAAUUUACUUCAGCCUCCACCAUUGGCCUACAAGAAGUGGUCGCUUGGGGAUCAGGAGCGGGUUGGAGAUUAUGUGGCUUGUGGCGUUGUGUGUGCCAACCCGUUUGACCAGCUAAAAGCUGCGUCCAUGUUGGGAGGUAUGAAGGCCGCGGUGAAGACGUCCCCUCCAGCCAUGUCAGUGUUCUUGACCUCGGGCUCAGGCCCGUAUGUCGGAUUCUUUUACGCUAUUGAGGGUUUUGCCCAACCAAUUCUGUCUGAAGUUGCCAUAGCGAUGGCAAACAAAAUCAAGAGUGCACUGUUGUCUGCAGCCAGUGGAUGGCUUGGGUUUGGGGGCAAAGCAAAAGAAGAAAAAGAGAAACCUCCGAAGAUUGAACCAGCCACCCCAUUGCCUCUGAGGUUUGGACUCCCAGACAAGCGUCGAUGUGGAGAAAUGAUCAUCCUGUCUCCCAACAACAAUUUUGCUGCCACAACUGACAGCUUUGGUCGUAUUAUCUUGAUAGAUGUACAGCGAGGGAUGGCGGUCCGUAUGUGGAAAGGUUACAGAGAUGCCCAGUUGGGAUGGAUUGAAGUGAAAGAAGAGAGUGUUGAACCGGGCAAGAACAAUGACCACUACAGGCUGGCUCAGUUCCUCAUCAUCUACGCCCCUCGCAGAGGAAUCCUUGAGGUGUGGCUGGCUGCUCAUGGGCCUCGUGUUGCAGCCUUCAAUGUGAGCAAGUCGUGUAGACUGGUCUGCCCCUGCUACGGCAUGAUGGGCCUGAACAACGUCACGUGUAGAGGUGUCCGCUCCAGGGUGUUCCAGUGUGCUCUUAUUGACCCUGAUGGAGUCAUCAAGACCAUCGAUAUUCCAUUCCACCUGGCCUUGAGUGACAAAAGCAGCAAGAGAGCAAGGGACCUGCACUUGCUAAAGAAACUCAAGACUUUCCUGAAGGAGUCCUCCGAGGACAGAGAAGGACUCCAGGAGACAAUUAUAGAGCUGCUGCUUGAUCUGAAAGUGUCCAGCAUUGCUCACCAGGCUAUUGAAAGAGUUCUCAGUACCAGAUAUCUACCUGUGAAGGUCAUGCAAAACAUUGUGAGGGCUUCUAUCAAGAGGUUGGAAGCAAGAGGAGAUGAGACUCUGGACCUGGACAGCCGCAUGAUGCUCAAAUUCUGCAAAGCCCAGCGGUCGCUCUUGGCUUUGUACGCCUCUGUGCAGAAGCUCAAUUCUGGCCAGAUAGAGGAGAACAGACUGUCAGCAUCUGAGAUUCUGACUGAUGUCCUGCGCAAUUCUUCAAGGGAAGCAGCGAUGGUCCUCAAAACUCUGCUUAGACUCGACGCUCUGACCACUCCCCCCAGCCCAGAGCGGCAGCCAUCUCGGGUUACUUUCAAUGAUGACCGACAGCCUAUUGCAGCCACUUCCUUCCUUCAUGCGUUCUCCUACCGUUCUUUGUUCAGUACUGAGGAGGACCCUGCAUCUGCCUCUCCUCCGUCUGGGAAAUUGACACAAAUCACCAUCAGUAAAGAAGCUACCGAAGAGAGGAGACUGGCUUUAGCUGAGUUCUUGUUUGGAGGUUGUCUCCGUGGGACUUGCCAGGCCCCAGAGCUUGUUUCUGUCAUCCAGGAGAGCGGCCUGCCCCCGGACCAGCUCAUGAACUUGUUGCUUCUCCACUGGCUCUCUGAGAGUGGCCGCAGUGUGUCCAGUCUGGGCAGUCUCUACGAGCUGGUCAAAAGCAUCACAGCCAUGACAGAUGUCAAUGAAGUUGUAGUUGACUCAAACGAGUUCUCAGCUUGGUGGACUCGUGUGCGAAACAUGUGCAGUCAGUCUGUGAACUGCCGUGCUGCCUACCUGGCUGUUCUUGUGUGUAAAGCUGUGGCGGCUCAUGCUUUGGGUGUCGUGCCAAAGGAAAAGGAUCCGGAUGCUGAUUCUGCGAGCAGCACAUCAGACGACAACGAGGCCGGAGACGGGACCAAAUUGUCGUCGGAUCUCAGCUUGGACAGCCAGGACUGGGAGACGGUGACGGUGGACAUGGAGUCCUGGGAGGUGCUGCUCAAACAGUGCGAGGACGUGCUGGCCAUCACCACACUUCUCAACAUCCACACGGAAGAGGUGGCCGGGAGCGCGGGGAGCGAGCAGAUCACUGUGUCUGUGAGCAAGCUUCUGCAGAGUGGCAAAGGUACAUGGGGUGGGGUGCACGGAGGUCCAACACAUUGUCAUGACAAUGAAACGAAAUACACAAGAGAGGAAAUGGGAAGUAACCAUGUCUUCAAUUACGUCUGA